AUGCCAGGCCGACUCGAUGCCGCUUCAGGCGCCCUAGGCAAGCGGAAGAGGACAGACGACCCUUCCGAUAAACACGCUGCAGCUAUCCUCAAAGCAAAAAGCAGCUCCCUCAGCCUAUCCGACCACAUGGCCCUCGACACCACCGCUCUCCCGCCAUCCCUCUUCGCCCUGAGCCCCCAAACAUCAGCAGCACAAAACACAUCUCAAUCCCAAGCACACCAACCGCCGCCUCGAAGCCGCCGUAAACUCAUCCACCGCAUCUCCCCAAUAUCCAUACACCCUGCUCCCUCAGCGCCACUACAUGUGCUCUCCAAAGUCCUCCAGACGCCCUGCCAUCGCUGCCAUAAAGCACCCCUGCAGAAGACCGAUCUGUCCUCCUAUACCGACUGCGCCCGCUGUACAGAGCGCACCUGCGUUGUGUGUAUACGGCAGUGUGCAUGUGGGCGCAAGAUCUGUGCUGACUGUAGUGUUGAAGAGGGCGUGGACGGCGACGUGUACUGUCUCGACUGCUUCGGCGCAAUACAAGAUGUCGACAUAACGGGGUCUGAAGAGGCCUGCGGGGGUACAACUUUCGAGGACAGUGGUCGGAUGGCGGAUGUGGAUCGGGAAAUGGAAGAAGGGUGA